CUUCUGUGUGAUGAAGUUCAGCCACUAUCUCUCCGAAAAUGUCACCGAGGAAUGGCGGCGCGAGUAUAUCAACUACAGGAAGCUGAAGAAGCUGAUCAAGCUUGCACGACGAGCUUCGGAUACACCCUUGCUUGCCGAUAGACACAGCGAAAGAUACUUCGAUCGCACCUCAGGUGAUCCCGAGGCAUGCAGAGAAGGAGCGAAUGAUAGCGAAUCGGAUGACCACGAGUAUACGUCCAGCCGGUCCUAUGCCUGGUCAACGGGUGAACACUCAUCCGAGUAUGCAUCGCGCAGACCGCCUUCAACCCUUGGAUCGAAUAUGCAGAGAUCAAGCACUGCCCGAGACCUCGAUGGGCAACUCAAGGACCGAACUGAGGCCAAGACAGUCGGAACAAGCGACCCUUGUCACAGAGUCCCCGCCGAUGCACUACCAGCACAGGGACCGUAGUGAACGUCGCUCCAUAUUCGGCGAACAACAACCUCAGAUCUGGCGAUACCCACGCAAUUCUUCACUAGACAGUCUAUACGGCGCUUUCACAUCUGCAGAGCGCAACCUGUUCAGUGUCCUAGAUCGCGAUCUGCUGAUGGUGAACGACUUUUUCGCUGAUCGAUUGCAUGAAGCCGAGGAACGACUGCGUGUCUUGAGGAUGCAGCUAGAAGAACUCUCACACCACAAGCACGAUAAACGGGAUGUCACCUAUGCCACCAUGCACUCGUCCAAGAGUCUCCAGGAUCGCAAGACUAUCAAGGGUUCCAACAAAGUUGCUACCAGCUCGGCUGCUUAUCGCUCUGCUCGGGCCACACUCAGGUCGGCCGCGUACGAGCUAUAUCGGCUUCUCAAUCUGAUCAAAAGCUACAAGCUGCUCAACUUGACUGGCUUUUCGAAGAUCGUGAAGAAGGCCGAAAAGGUGCUAGCCAUACCUUGCGCACAGCCAUACAUGGCCAAGGUCGAUGCUACCCCGCUUAGACAAUCGACAAGGCUUGAGCGGCUUAUACAGUCUACAGAAGAUUUAUUCGCGCGACACUUCGAGCAUGGCAGCCGCAAGCUAGCGCUCGAACGGUUGCGAGAUGAAGGCAAUGUGACACCGCAUCACAUCAGCACCUUCAGGGCGGGCGCGUUCCUGGGUCUAGCAGUGCCUGCGCUUGUGGCUGGCUUGAUCAAAUCUUUUCAUCCGGACACGCGUGCCGCUAUACCGGAAUGGGUCGCUCUGAUGCAGCUGUUCGGCGCCGAACUGCUUCCGAUCUUACUGGCAUUGCUGUUCGCCGUCAAUCUCGCAGUCUGGCAGCGAUACCGCAUCAAUUACGUGCUCGUCUUCGAGCUCGAUGUGCGCACAAUGAUUGACUAUCGUCAAUAUCUCGAGAUACCCGCGUUCGCGUUUCUGCUUCUCUGCUACGCAUUCUGGCUCUCCUUCAGCAAUUUCUGGCCAAAUCACAUCUCGCCGCAUUCAUACCCUUUGGCUUGGCUGAUAGCGAUCAUCAUCGCUUUUUGCAAUCCAUUGCCGCUCUUGCAUCGCACUGCUCGCGCCUGGCUCGCACGUAGUAUGAACUUGUGUCCCUGUACUAUGUAUUUUAUAACUUUGGCUACAUCGUCUGUACAUAUCAGCAUCACUUCACUCGUGUGCCACCCAAAUGUAACACCAACGACACGAUGCUUUCCUUCGUCCUUGCUGCUAUACCUCCGCUCAUGCGUAUCGGCCAGUGCACAAGACGAUACGUCGAUUCCCGGGAGAAGAUGCAUAUCGCCAACAUCGUCAAGUAUCUGCUCAACUCGGCAUACUUUGCGUCAUACUUUGUUUACAGAGUCUACGCAAAUGAAAGGCGCACAAGUGCUGCCUUCAUAUUAUGGGUCAUCAUUUCGAUCAUCAACAGUGCAUACUCCUCGUACUGGGAUAUAGCGGUCGACUGGUCCCUUCUCAAACGUCAUUCGAAACAUUGGCUUCUGCGACCGGAGCUGGGCUACAAGACUGCAAAAUGGUUCUACUAUUGGGCGAUGAUCAGCAACAUCAUCCUGCGCUUCAGCUGGGUGUUAUACUUUGCGACGCCUGUUCGCCCCUCGGUCAUCCUUC